AUCAUUACAUUGCAAAAUUGCAAAAGUUGUUAGAUUUUUCACGUUACAUGUACCUACCCGAUCUGGGUCAACCUGUCAACAUCGUCUGAAUGAUAAUUUGAAUCUGCUCAUUGACAGACUCGUGUCUAUUGUAUAUACACAGACUAUGGAGAAUCAGUCGUUGUUCAGAAUCAACAUCAAAGGGAACGAGAAGACGCACAAGCGCUGUCAUCUCAAAGGGGUGUAUAACAUUGCUGUGAAGGACACAAGCUUGUGUCUGUGUGAUGUCAAAUCCAACCGGGUCAUCUAUGAAUGGCCGUACAUACACAUCCGGAACUAUGGAAAGACUCACAACAAUUUCUACUUUGAAGCUGGACGGACAUCGUUAUCAGGUGAAGGAGUUUUUAACAUGGAGACGGCCGACGGUUCUUCAAUCGUAAAGAGCAUGGUGGAGAAAAUUGAAAAGAUAAAAGCUGCAAAAGGAUGUAAACAAAAACCUGGAGAUGGAGGAGACAAGGGGCGCGUGCAAGAGAAAGCUCUCGAUCACUUGUAUGUCAACACAGACACUACCAGAUACGAGAACGAGGUAUUGUACGACAUUGUGGAUUAACCUUCUGUCCGCUUGGAGGAGCAGAUGAAGGAAGAGGCUGGGUGGACGGUGGACGGUGGGCGGUGGGCGGUGGAGCGUGUGCUGGAACACAUCAACAUUGGAUGCAUCUACACCCGUCUUUUAACACAACGACAUUCCUUCGUUCAGGCCACCCGUACAUUGUCAGAGAAGGGGCGGCCAUUGAGGUCCAUUGGCGUGACUGUUACACUCAUGUAGAUGGGUGAUGGACAAUGGAACUUGUGUCGGACACGGGUACAGAUGCUGCUUCCUUGGCGUGUUUUCAUGUUGAUGGACAGAUGAUAAGGAAACACGUAGCACAGUUACAGAAUAAUCCUUACUUCUACGCCCAAUAUGGUUCACAUUACAAAAAUAAAUCAAUAAAAUAAAUGAAAUGGUUACUUGUGGCUUGCAUUACAAAAAAAAAUCAAUAAAAUAAAUGAAAUGCUUACUUGUGUUCACUACAGGUCCACUGCGCCAGAAAACCUUGGGAUGUCUGAAGAAUAUUCCAGGAACGUGUUUAAGAGAUGAGAUGGGGUUUAGAGACACGCGCGUGCGUGCGUAUGCGGUUGCUUGUACCAGUCCCGACUAAUGCCGAUUUUAUAAUGUUAUCCCAGUGAGAUAUCAUGCCGCAGUUUAACAUGAAUAUCACACUCAGACACAGCAUACGGACUCCGAGCCGACCAGUGCUAGUUUUAUCCCGUUCAUGUCGAGCGUCAGACAGGAUAACAAACAGCAUCUUUUAUCGUCUGUUGGUAUGACGCGGUCGGGGAUCAAACCCCAAACCUUCCGCUCCUCGGGCGCACGCUCUAUCCCAAGAAAACGGAGGCGGUCGCUUCCUAAGGAAAUGUAGGCGUACCGUUAUAGACCUUCCAUUUUUUAUUUCAAUCCAAAUUUUGUGUUUGUAAACACACACAGACGCUUUGGAAGCCGC